AUGGUUGUUAAAGUGGUUCAACAGGCCUCUAUUGCCCGCAAUGGUGUCGGUGCGUUUGUUUUCCCUUGUAAAAAGAUUACAUUACAAUAUUGCAACUGGGGUGGUUCCUCAGAUGGAAUGAGACAAUUUCUAACCUCUGAGAGAUUAGAUAAGUUUGCUAUGGGGAAUCCAUACAUGCAGUUUGAUGUAUUGAGGAAACCUGGACAUCCACUAUUGAGAGCAGAAUAUACAAAUGGUCGUGAGAAAGUUAUAUGCGUACGAAACUUAAGUAGUGAAUGUAUCGAGACCAAGUUGAAACUAUUAAGAGACUCUAGUGGUGAUCAAUUACGUAGAUGGACCAAGAAUGAUAAUGUGAGGACAUUGAAUAGUAGUGUGAGAGGUAUUUGGUCACCAAUCCAUGCCGCAAAACAACAUAAAGUAUGA